UCCAUUCCUCAUGAUCAAACAAAUCCCACAAAACUUUCCUCAUAAUCCACAUUGACAAACCAAAACAAAAAAAAAACUUCCAAAAAAACAAUGUCACUAGCUUCAAUGCAAUCCAUCAAAGUAACAAACUCAUUAUUAUUAAACUCAUCAUCACAUUCUUGUACUUCAUUAUCUACUGUCUCAAAACUUCCAUUUUGUACAAGUAAUAAGAGGUCAACAAUUACCAUAACAUGUUCACAAGCUGAUGGUCCUUUAAGAAGACCAUCCAUUGCUAGCCCCCCAGUUAGACCAUCUGCUCCUGAGAACUCACCGCCACCGGCUCCGGUGUCUGCACCACCGGAGCCGACCGCGGUGGGUGGUCAGAAUGUGGUCACCAUGGAGUUUCAGAGACAAAAGGCCAAAGAGCUUCAGCAGUAUUUUAAGCAAAAGAAGCUUGAAGAAGCUAAUGUUGGUCCCUUUUUUGGAUUUAUUGCCAAAAAUGAAAUCUCUAAUGGGAGAUGGGCGAUGUUUGGUUUUGCUGUUGGGAUGUUAACAGAGUACGCAACAGGUUCAGACUUUGUUGAUCAAGUAAAGAUCCUCCUGUCCAACUUCGGCAUUGUAGAUUUGGAUUGAGUCUUAUCUACAUUAUUGAGAUUUAAAAAAAUGCUACUUUUUACAUCUUCCAUUCAGAAACUACUGUCAUUGUACCGCAUUUUAUUACUGUAAAUCCUCAGUGUUUAUAUAAAAUAUAAAGAAAUUUAAUCGGUUUUAGUC